AGACAACCUUCGACCAGAUUUGUUUUUUCUUUUUUCCAAAGAACGACAUUGCAUAAAGGAAAUUAAAAAGAUUGGAGUACAGGUUGUUUCUUUCUUUCUUGUUGUUUUUAUAUCAUUAGAUUCAGGUUGCUUCUAUUAUACAUUGCAUAUUUUUUUAUUCAAUUACUUCUACCAUGUCUCCCAAAAUUAGGAAGUAUGAUUGUGGCUAUGAAAAACGUAAAAAGAAAAAGAGAAUUGAAGAGCUCACUCAAUCACAAAGAGGAGCUCUUGAUAAGUUUGUUGUGAAAGAAUCACAUAUAGGUACUCAAAGUAAUAAUAAUGUGGUUGUGAAUGAUGAAGUAGUCUUGGAUGAUAAUUGUGUUAUUCCUAAUGAUAAUGUGCCUUUAGAUAGAGAUAAUAUUUCUUUUGAUGCUAAUAAUGUGCCGAGUGAGAAUGAUAUUGGUGGUAAUGAUAAUGAUGAUCAUGCUAAAAAUGAUAAUUGUGUGAAUGAAAAUAAUGAUCCCAUUGAAAAAGAUAAUGUCGCAAAUGAAAGUAAUGACAAUCAAUUUGGUCUUGAUGUAUUCGAUCCACGCAAUUGGGAUACUCAUAAUUCUAAAAUGAUCGAAGUAUUAGAAAAGGGACCCAAAAGAGACUUGUCUAUUGUAAAAGGUCGUAAAGAUAAGUUUUCUAAGCGGUUUUCUACAACUUUAUAUACUAGAAUAUUGUCAAAUGGAGAAAGAUGUGAUAGAGAAUGA